AUGGCAACAACAUCACAACCUCCCUCCCAAGCUCCAGCAUCGUCAACAUCAGCGCAAACAUCCACCCCCAUGGAAACCGACGAAGCAACACCAGACCCGACGACACAAGAUAGCCAUCCCGAGGCCCCCAACAACGACGCCCAAGCUCAAGCGGAAACACAACAGCAACAACUCUCCCAGCAGCCCGUCGUCCCCGGCCCCCGCGCCUCCCGCCUGCAGGAGCUCUACGCGCAGAGCCUCAAGCGCACGCUGGGCAAGCUCAAAUGGGACAACUUCGCGGCGUGCUACCCGACGGUGGCGAGCAGGGCCGAGCCGGUGCUGAAGCAGGUCCAGGCGCAGAUGGUGGAGAAGCUGGGCGAGAAGUGCGAGAAGGAAUUUGAAAGCAUACUCGUAACGAGACAAGUCGUCCCCAAGCUCAACGACCUGGAAACUCUCAUCAGCGAAGCCACCCACCGGCGCAUUUCAGCACCCCCCGACGCCCCCAAACCAACUCCACCCCAUCUCCUCCCCGCAAAAGACAUCCUCUCCGCCCAUCUCGCCCCCUCCCUCGCCUCCCACCAAUCCCUGCUCAACGCCCGCCUCCAAACCGCGCAGUCCCACAACGCCAUACUGUACGAGCAGAUUCAAAGCCAGCGCGCCGAAAUCGAAAAGCUGCUCGACUCGCUGGAAGCCACCGUCGGGGACGUCAAGAGCGCGAACGCGGCGCUGGAGCCCGUAGUGGCGCAAUUGGCUAGGGAGGCGAGGGAGGCGGACAAGACGGUUUCGGAGGAGGAAUAG